UAAAUUAGCAUAAUUUUGCAAUAAUUUAUUAUGUCGAUCUUUACCAAAACACGUGGCCAGAAUUAAUGGAGGAGUACGCUGAUGAUCCUGUAGUAGCUGAGGUGGAUGUGUAUCACACUCAAGCGCUAGCAGACCACCUCUCUCUACUCCAGUACCCACUACGACCUGCCCACCUUCCGUAUGACUCUAUUGAGGGUGCAAAGGUCAGUGCGGAGGGGUCCCUGAGCCUAGAGGUCGGAGUGCGGCCACGAGGGAACAACUACUCCACUAGCCGAGGCGAAGGGUUCGCUAAAAUGGUACAACUAGGGGUCAAAGGGCAAGAGAAAGUCUAUCAGAGUGGACUGUGGGACAAGCUAACACUGACUUCAGACAAGCCAUCAGAGACACCAGCACGUUACGUGGCAGCAGUGUUCAAGGAUGGUGACCUCCACUUGACGUCUGUGAAGCAUAUACUCCAAUUAAAACCCACCUUGUCGUACCUUGACGCUGCUGAGAGUGGGGCAAAGGCGUCGGUUGCUGGUAGCGAUGGUGAAACUACAGAGUCUGAGGGAGAGGAAGCCGUACCUGUGAAUGUGAGGUUUGCCCGCCAGAAAGGUCAAAGUGCAUAUCCUCUCAGGAAGUCCUUUGCUGAAACGAACCGAUGUGAUUGGUCAGAUGCCACCUAUUAUGGGAUAGAGUCAGAGGAAGCCACAGAAGAGCGUGGAUUGCUGUUCGCAUCAGAAGAUGCUGGAGUGAACUUUGACCUUCGUCCCUCGGAAUAUCUCAAUGUGGUGUGUCCAAUGGACCAACCACUCUCUAGUGACGGGCCUGUUGCCAUGCCAACUGGAGUCCUGUCCCUCUCACAGCUCAAGACCCUCCCCCUCGACGAACAGGUGUUCAAGCUUCUACUCAAUGCACAUAUCGAGCGUUUUGGACAGCUUUGCUCGUUGCUAGGGGUUACGGGACAGUCAGGUGGUGUGUUGAAGGCAGUACAAGCGUGUGGAGUGUUGGUACAAGGUUGUUGGGUCAUUAAGAGUGACCUUUUGUACCCUGAGGACCAAGCAAAGAGAAACGCCAGGGACUAUAUAUUGUGGUGCUUCACACAACGACGCUUAGUCCCUCGUAAGGAAGUGGUGGGUGUGGUCAAGUUAUCUCAGGAGGAGCUGCGGCAGAUAAUGCGACCUUUGAGUGUAGUACGUGUGACCCCUAGUAGUGGGUGGGAGCUCAAGUUGUCCACUGAUAUAGACUUCCUCAAUAAGCAAGUGGCCAUAGUACAUGAGCAGGAGAGGCGUUGGGAGCAAAGGCACAGACAGUUGGUGAAUGAACUAUCUCUCAAAGCCCCUACCAAACACACUGAGGGCAAAGUGGUUGAACCAGUUGUCAAGACACUGCCAGUUGGGGAAACUCCUGCUGCUCAGAGUGUUAAGAGUGAGAGCAGUACUGAAGAGCUGUUGAAGGCAGUUACUGGGUUUUGUCGGGAAGGGUUGGGGCGUGGUGUGCUAGGACUAGCAGAGCUCAAGGACAAGCUACUCCUGAAGCAGUCAAUACUGGGGGUGGACCACCUGUUGUGUGGGGGUGGAGUGGGCGAUGCCAUACUGGUGGAGGGUGUGAGGGCAUGUGGGGCACUGGAAAUCACGGCUGGCGGGAGAUCACUGUAUGCACACACCCACGGGGAAAAGGUCCGUGAGGUGAUUCUGUCCCUCCUGCAGAAGCACAAGUCUGUCAAGAGGAAGGCAAUAGUUGAAUGUCUGAAGGCAGAGGGAGUGUCAAUGGCUGACAAAGCUCUCACGUCUGCACUCAAGGAACUUUGUUACAGUCGAGGGAGUCAAUGGAAACUGCUGGGAACAGACUAAAAACAUAGUUGUAGUCUUAUAUAACUAUUCAUUUCUGUGUUUACUCAAUGUCACCAACCAAUGUUGCAUCUUUUAUAUACUCGAAAUCAUCAUUUUAUAUGUGUUUACAGGA